AGUAUUGUCGGUUUAGUGUACCGCUGAUAUCGUGACUUCCGGUGUAGAAUAAGAAGCGGCGCGCCCUCGUGUUGAAGAGGAAUCAAAACAUCGUAGAAGUUUAUUUUUUAACAAGCAGAUGAGACACAAACAUGCUGAAACCUGAAUAAAGAGUCCGGUUCAACUUAAGAAGAUGGGCAAAAACAAGGAAGAGAAGAAACGGAAAAGUGGUGUUUUUUUAGAAACCGCUCCUGUCUGUCCUCCUGUCUAUGAAAAUCUUCAAAAAGAUCACUUGCAAACAACUUCUCACAAUGAAAGUCCCAUAAAAGACAUUUCAGUGAGUUUGGAAAGUUCUUUAGAAAAGCCUAAGAAAAAGAAGCAUAAGAGGAAACAUUUGUCGGAGCAACAAGCCGAGAACGAGCGUUCCACAGAGCAGCAUGCUGAGGUUCACCAGGAUGACACGGAGAAAAAGAAGAAGAAAAAGAAAUUAAGGACUGAGGAUGUAAGUCAUGCUGAAGACACCAACAACGUGGAUUUAGAGCUGGCUAGAAGUACAGAAGAUCCACAGAGAAAAAAGAAAAAGAGAGAAAAGACAAAGGAAGUGAACGAAGCUGAAGAAUUGGAGAUGCAAAGCAACGAAACGAGAGAAGAAGCGUCAACAGCACACAAUGAGGAUUUAGAGACCUCUAGAAGUACAGAAGAACCUCAGAGAAAAAAGAAAAAGAGAGAAAAGACAAAGGAAGUGAACGAAGCUGAAGAAUUGGAGAUGCAAAGCAACGAAACGAGAGAAGAAGCGUCAACAGCACACAAUGAGGAUUUAGAGACCUCUAGAAGUACAGAAGAACCUCAGAGAAAAAAGAAAAAGAGAGAAAAGACAAAGGAAGCGAACAAAGCUGGAGAGUUAGAGACGCAAAGCAACGAAACGACUGAAGAAGCAUCGCCGAAGAAGAAGAAGAAACUGAAAGAGUCAAAUGAGAAUAUAGAAGAAAAAAGAAUAAAGACAGAGGAAGUCGGUUUAACAGUGGACUCAGAGAGACAAAGCAAUGAAUUGAAAAAGAAGAAGAAGAAGAAAAAUAAAUCCGUAGAGAAAGAGCGUAAGAAGGUGCAGUCCGUGUCCACGACAAAAGAGACUCAGACUAGUCAAGAUGACAAGAAAGAGUUGACCGAGAUCGAUGCGAAACUUUUGAACGAGCUGAAAGAAUUCAUUCCCGAUAUCGAGUCAAAGGAGCUGGUGAGAAUCAACAAAAUGAUUAAAUACGACUUGCCGAGAUUCAAGGAAUUCAAAGAACAGGGUAUCCCUUUGAAUCAUGGACGGUUCACUGCACAAGAAAACGAGAGGCUGAGGAAGAACGUCGGAGACUUCAUGGCUCUCACCACAAUAGACUGCCCAACCAAACUGUUCUUCACACAUCGCUUUAAGCAGGAACAGGAGAAUAUAAAGAAGCUCAAAGGCCUGCACAAAUUCUUUGAAAGGAUAGCGGAAGGAAUUCCCAGAUCCUGCUAUUAUGUCUAUGCUCGAGGAAGAAGGAUGUUUGAUGAGCAAAACCACCAGGGAGAGUUUUCAAAGGAAGAACUUCACGCUUUGAACAAGUUGCACACUUUACAUGGGAAUAAUUGGAAGAAGAUUUCAGAGUUGACCGGUCGAAGUGCCUUCUCACUCCAGAAACGUUACACACAGAUUGCUAAUAAGGAAGGCCCCUGGUCCAAGAAGGAGGUGCAGAGACUCUUGCGAGCUGUACGAGAUCAUAUCGUGAGCCAGAUCCCGGGUGCAGCUAACAGUAACAUGUCCAUAAGAGUAAUGAAGGAAACGUUGUAUAAAAGGCUCCCGUUACAGAGGAUCGCCACAAAGGUGAAAACUCGCUCGUGGUCUCAGUGCAGGGAGAAAUGGAUGGGAAUUCUGGCGGUGAAAAUGUCCUUCGGAGCCGUGUGCACAGAGAAGAAAUCUCUUGAUGUACAAGUUAAACUCAUAAAAGGGAUGUAUGAAAUGGACGUAGACGAUGCUGCCCAUGUCAACUGGGAGGACCUGACAGCUCUGAUUGGGGACGUACCUCCAGCAUACGUGCAACGAAAAUGGCACAAAAUGAAAGUGUGCCAUGUGCCUGAAUGGCAAAGAAAGUGUUUUGGAGAUAUCAUUGACUAUCUGUACGAGAAGGUUUUACCAGACCUCCAGAACAAGCUAAUGGCCUUAAAGGACUUGGACGAAUCGAAGCAUACCGAAAAUGACAACGAGAGCUAUCUACUCUCUGACAUCUUUCAGGACAUUAAUGAGGAUGAAGAUGUGGAUGAUGAUGAGGAGGAGGCAGAGAUGGAGGUCCACAAUGACAACAACAUGGAAAAAGAAACUCAGUAGAGGAGUUAUGUCUAAAGGAUUUUUGAAGACUAAAAGGAUGUGACAAUGCUUUGGACAGGAGCGAGGAGCUGAGUAUUUUGGUACUGAAUAAGAAGAUUCUCCAAAUCAUUUUUGUAUCGAAGAAAUUGAUGUUUUUUUUAUUUAAAAGUUGUAACUGGUCUUUAUAGGUAUCUGUUUUUUUUAAAGUUUAUUUUAAAUGUGGAAUUUGCAUGGACCAGAAGUCAUCACUUAAAUAUAUUUUUGCAGCUCAUUCCUCUAAAAAUGAUUUAGAGCAGAACUGAUAAAAGCUCACAAUAUUAAAUAUGAUUAAUGUUUUGACUUCCUCA